CCGUCUGAGUAGUCUCCUUCCCCUCCCGCUCGAGGUCGUUGUGCGUAAUCGCGUGUGUUUUGAUUUGAUUUGUGUUUUGUGCAAAUUGUGGGAAAUACUCCCAAGAUGAAGUCAACAUUCCAGUCGCUGGGGGUUUUUGUCACCUGCCUCCUGGUUCUAGUGCAAGCCCAAGAAAGCUGUAGAAAUCCCAACCAGCGGCAAGGCUACUGUGUAUCGCUCUAUGACUGUCCGACUCUGCUAAGUGUCGUCCAGCAGAGCUCUGUGAGCAGUGACGAUCGCUCUUUCCUGGUCAACUCCCAGUGCUACAAUGGCAUUGGUCGCCAGCCACAUGUCUGUUGCACCAACGAUAGGGGAUACGGGGCUGCAGACACAACCACUCAGCGAUCGGUGAUUGUCAGCAGUAGGCCCACGGUGUUUGGUGGCCAACAGGGGCCGGGUAAUCUACUGCCGGUGCCUCCAAAGUGUGGUCCUCACUCGUUCAGCGAUAAGGUCUACAAUGGCAAUGACACCGCUUUGGAUGAGUUCACCUGGAUGGCUCUCUUGGAGUAUGUGGAUCGCAAAGGUCAGCGACAGCUAAGUUGCGGUGGAAGUCUGAUCAACAAUCGUUAUGUCCUGACGGCUGCACAUUGUGUCACAGGGGAAGUGGCCACACAAGUCGGACAAUUAACUUCUGUACGCCUGGGCGAGUACGACACUAGCAAGGAUAUCGAUUGUAUAGCCGGUGAUUGCAAUCCCCCCUACAUAGAGCGCUCCAUUGAGCAGACUAUUGUCCAUCCGGAAUACGAUGCCACGAGUCGUCAUCGCUACCAUGACAUUGCCCUGCUGCGUCUGGCGGAGCCUGUGACACUCAACGAGUACAUUCAGCCGGUGUGUCUGCCACUGGCCACAACCCGCCAGGCGAUCAACGUGGGAGAACAGCUGGUGGUCAGCGGUUGGGGAAGAACAACCACAGCACGCAAGAGCAACAUCAAGCAGAGGCUCUCUCUGCCCGUUAACGAUCACGAGUCCUGUGUCCGGAAGUUUGCCACGCGGCAGAUCAAUCUGAUCGGCGCUCAGCUCUGUGCCGGCGGGGAGUUCUACCGCGACAGCUGUGAUGGCGACUCCGGGGGUCCGCUGAUGCGAAGGGGCUUCGAGCAGGCCUGGUUCCAGGAGGGCGUGGUCUCCUUUGGCAAUCGCUGUGGUCUCGAGGGCUGGCCGGGCGUUUACACUUCUGUGAGGGACUACAUGGAUUGGAUCGAGAGCACACUUCGGCCUUGAGGAGUAUUCUGGUGCGAGGAUUGUGUAUCUUUUGUUUAAAUUAAGUUUUAAUUAAAGUCAAGUCGUGGCGAGGCGA